CGUGCUUUGGAGACAAUGGGAGAACACUGACCAGCGUGGGCGCCGCGCAAGCCUCCUGCACGGCCUGCCAUUUGCGACAUAUGUACUCGCACAGACGAUUUGGUGAGACUGUUGAAUUAUCUACCCCACACUAAAGCAGUGGAAGGCCUACAUAUCGAUUGAAUCGAUAGAUGCUUAGCUCGACAGCACUGUACGGCGCGGGCGAUGACAUCCGAGGAUAUUUUGCACAAAUUAGUUCGUCACGCAGCUUGUACCACGGAUCGCCCAGCAACUAUGCCAGGCAUCACGCUACCCACUCCCCUAACCUAACAAAGGAGGUAGCGAACGUUUGGACAUUCUUUGUUCAUGCGCUCCGCUCUCACAAGACGCCUUUAUCGGUACCGCAGGUACUCGGCGUGGACUUUGCCUUCUCUGUCGCACUCUCCGAAACUUUCGGCGAGAGCUUCUUCUCUAAUGUGCGGCUCGCUUGUUCGAGGCUCGCUCGUGUGCUGGACUUCGCGUGCAACUCCACUUGCAACUCCACUUAUGCAAAUCGCCCAUCGGCUGUGCAUUCGGCGGUCUCCCGGGCACACCGUACACAAUGCUGGCGCCGUAGAACCAGCGGCCCCUCUGAUCAGGUUAUGAACGAUUGGUCCGUGCGAUCACAGAAGACGCAAACUUCGAAGAAAUCCACAACCCAAGUCCCCGCUGUUUGGUUCUGGUCAAGCAGGUUACAAGUCUGUUUCAGGCGCAAAACGGAGCAACAUUCCUAGAACGGAACUGUGCCCAAACUCUCUAGUGCUUCCUCGCCGGGUGUACAGCACGAGCGUCGUCACAAGUUGCGCCCAUCGCCUAUUAGAAUGGCACAAACCUGCAGGACAUAAUCCGGGGACAGGCAAUCAACAACGCCACAGUUCCGCAACAUGCAUGUGCCUCAUUGAUUCGAAGCGCCUUUAUAGUUUGCCUCUGUCGGCAAGCGUAUGGUUAACGGCAGGACCUGAAUGUCGACAUUGUCUGUCAAGACCAAUGUUCAUCACCUUCCGCAACUCAUUCCACUCGGCGUCCAAUUAUUUGCUGUAUCAACGACAUAUGAGUGUGU